AUGGAAUUGUAUCAAAUUAUUGAAGUGAAUGAACCACAGCAAUAUCUGAUGCUAAACUCGUGGAUUGUUGAGCGUUGGGUUGACAGUAUGUUGGGAUGGGAUCCGAAUGAGUUUGAGGGAACAACAGAGAUUAUGUUACCUCACCAUAAAAUAUGGUUACCCGAUACAACUCUCUACAAUUCCUUAGUGAUGGAUGAGGGUGAAACGAGGCGUUUAUUGAAUGCAAAAUUGACGACAGUCGGCAAUGGAAGUGGUGCUUUUGUCGAACUUCUUUAUCCAACCAUAUACAAAUUGAGUUGUAAUCUCGAUUUACGAUUUUUCCCUUUUGAUGUUCAAGAUUGUACCCUAAUCUUCGGGAAGAAUGAAGGAUGGAAAGUGCUCUGGACUGAAGUUACGCGAAAAGAAGUGAAAUACGAUUGUUGUCCGAAUAAUUACACUCUUCUCAUUUUCGAGAUUCAUAUCCAACGAAAACCCCUCUAUUAUGUGAUCAAUCUCAUUCUCCCGACAAGUAUCAUCACUCUCAUUUCGAUUGUCGGCUUCUUUAGUUCUUCAUCGAUAAAUGAGGUUAGACAAGAAAAGAUCACUCUCGGCAUCACAACUCUUCUCUCAAUGUCUAUUCUCAUUUUGAUGGUCUCUGAUAAAAUGCCUUCCACGUCUUCAUUCAUUCCUCUUAUCGGGUGGUUUUAUACGGCUAUGAUUCUAUUGAUUUCUGUUGCUACAAUUUCUGCCUCUGUCGUCAUUUAUAUUCAGAAAAGAGGUAUUAUCGGUAUUGCGCCACCACCCCGAGUGAUGUGGUGGGCGAGAAGGAUUGGAAGAUUGGUCAGAAUGGAGUUGCCUCUAUUGAUGAAACAAGCCUAUGCACAAAAAGCUCGAGAAGAGAAGCUCCGGAAUGCUGGCCGAAAGCAAUCUCUCUGGCAAAAAGUGUACAAGAUGAGCAAGGUUGUAAACGCUUUUGGCAAUCAAAAUACAAAUGGAUCGGUGAUGAAACCGACGAUCAAACCGAAAUCAUUCCCAAAUCUUUCCAUCAUCAAAUCGGGAAGUGAACCGCCGGUAACACAGAAGAAAAGUCUCGCUUUCUCGAUCGAUGAUCGCGAUAUGACACCAAUGAUUGAUGAUGAAGAGACACCGGAAGAAAUGAUUCGAAAUAUCAAACCUGCAAAGAGAUUACGAUACUCACAGAGUUCAGUCUCUUAUGAUAAUGUGUUGGAGAAUAUGGUUGAGGGGAAGAGACUUGGAGAAAUAUCGUCAAUAAUCUCAAACACAGCUCGACGUGAUUUAGCUCAAUUGGAAUACGAUUGGUUGGCUGCAGUUUUCGAAAGGAUUUGUCUUAUUUUCUUCAUUGUCAUGUUCAUUUUGAUGUCUUUUGGUAUCAACGGAAUCGGGGCAUAUUAUUGGAAAAAUGCGGUCAAUGAUCGAAUUAUGAAA